CGUAGUAAACAGCAUCAGCUUCUGGUCAGAAGAGGGUUUGCAUUGUGUAGGCUACACUCAGUUCAAUUAUACAAGCGCGCGGUGACUUCGCUGGAGGGUGAGCAUUUUAGUAGGGAAAGGUUACAGUUACCUAGAAAUCAUUUGAAAAGUUCAGCGCUGGCUAAUUAGUGGGUAUUGGCAAGGGCUUCAGCACUGCAACCUUGGAGCGAUUUAAUACAGCCCACCAAUCCUCCGGUAUUCAAGCAUCAGCAUCCCAACUGGCAUCAUCUGUCUAGUUUUUUUUGAUUGACUGAAUAAAGGAGAAAAGAGGCCAUCAAGAUGCUGCGAGAAGUGGGGUCCAAUAUUAUGGUGUUUUAUGAGUAUGUAUUGCAGAGAACGGACCACCGGUUGUUGCCCUACCCGUUGAUGCGGACCCCCUUCCAGAUGACCAGCAUCCUGAUGGGCUAUGUGUUCUUCUCGCUGUACGCAGGGCCUCUGUUGAUGGCCAACCGCAAGCCAUAUAACCUCAAAACAGCCAUGAUCAUCUAUAACUUCAGCAUGGUGUCCCUAAACGCCUUCCUAGUCUAUGAGUUCCUGAUGUCAGGAUGGGGAACCACUUUUACCUGGAGAUGUGACCUGUGUGACUACUCAAGCAACCCACGGGCUCUAAGGAUGGUUCAAGUGGCCUGGUGGUUUUUGUUCUCUAAAUUCACUGAGCUUCUGGACACCUUUUUCUUUGUGCUGCGUAAGAAACACAGCCAGAUCACAUUUCUACAUGUCUUCCAUCACUCCUUCAUGCCCUUCACGUGGUGGUGGGGAAUUACCAUUGCUCCUGCAGGGGGAAUGAGCUCGUUCCAUGCCAUGGUCAACUGCUGUGUCCACGUCAUCAUGUACACCUACUACGGCCUGUCCGCUGCCGGACCUCGCUUCCAAAAAUACCUCUGGUGGAAGAAGUACAUGACCGCAAUCCAGCUGAUCCAGUUUGUGCUGAUCUCACUUCACAUCUCUCAGUACUACUUCAUGGAGAAGUGUGACUUUCAGGUGCCCAUGUUCAUUCACCUGAUCUGGAUGUACGGCACCUUCUUCUUCCUACUAUUCUCCAACUUCUGGAUUCAGGCCUACGUGAAGGGGAAACGGCUGCCUACGGCAACUAUGGAGAAGCUAAAGCAGAAUGCCGUUAUUAACGGCGACGUUACAGUGGUCAUCAACAGCAAGCCGCUGGAGAAUAGCAACGGGACAGCACAUCGUGUCAACGGCCAUAACCAAAUAGGCAAAGUGAAGGAAGUCUAGUUUCGUCCUUUUGGAAGGGGGGAAACAACUGUCUGAAGGAGCCUGAAAUGCCAAAGAUUCCAAAAAUGCCAAAGAUUCCAAAAAAGUAUACUCUUAGCUACUGAACACUUUAUAUUUAUCUGCAGUUCAUGGAAUAUGAAUGGCGUUAUGGACUUGGCAGUUAUUCCCUACUUGCCACACUUUUAAAUUGUGGGUAGUUGAGGGAACAUUGUUUUAACUGUACGUCACUAAUACCUCAAACCCAGGCUUGAAAUGGACUCUUCUGGUUUGACUGGAACACACUUGUAAAUACAGUUACUUUCAAAGAG